AUUCUCUACGUCAUCAAUAUGAGUCUAAGUUUACAUCAUGGCGUCGGUAGAUUUCCGAGAAAACCUUCUUGGUAUUUCGUGGGUGGACAGUGGUUGGGUGCCUAUCCUUAACCCUGGAAAUGUACUGGACUAUUUCUCUGAAAGGAGUAACCCUUUCUAUGACAGAACCUGUAACAAUGAGGUAGUGAAGAUGCAAAGACUAACCCUGGAACAUCUCAACCAAAUGGUUGGAGUGGAGUACAUUCUUUUACAUGCCCAGGAACCUAUUCUUUAUAUCAUUAGAAAACAGCAGAGACAGUCUCCCACACAAGUUAUUCCUUUGGCUGACUACUACAUCAUAGCUGGAGUCGUGUACCAGGCUCCAGACCUGGGGACAGUUAUCAGUUCUAGAGUGCUAUCUGCAGUUCAUGGUAUUCAGUCUGCAUUUGAUGAGGCCAUGUCUUACUGCCGCUAUCACCCUUCAAAAGGUUAUUGGUGGCAUUUCAAAGACCAGGAGGAAAGAGAAAAGACCAAACCAAAAUCAAAGAAAAAAGAAGAACCAAGCUCAUUGUUCCAGAGGCAUCGGGUUGACACACUCCUGUUAGAUCUGAGAUCAAAAUUUCCACCAACAUUUUACCAGCCCAAACCCGGUGAAAAGCCAAUUCCAGUUGAGGUAAAGAAAGAGCCUGAACCUCCAGCUGAAACUGUCAAACAGGAGGAAAGGGAACCAGCUACAAAAUCCUCUGCUCCAUCAGCUCCCCCAAGUAAACCACCACCAGAGAAACGAGCCAGACUCCAGUGAUCUACACUUGUGUCACUGAGUUCAAAAUAGAUUACAUAAAUAAAAAUGUAAUGAAAUACCCUACCAGUGAAGGGACGGGCUCUUCACCCAGAACUAAGGAUCUACUCAAAUUACCAUAAAUAGUGGCUCAAAUUAACCACAGAAUUUUUAAGAUUCCUGAAUGCAUCAUCACGUGGAUUCAUUCUUCUCAGUUUACAAAAUGCAAAAAUUGAACUUAAGGAUACUGGCUAUUAGUAACACCACAGGUGAAAAUAUAUUGUAAUGAACACGGGUUAAAGCAUUGUUCUUUGCAGCAGCCAUUUUACCCUGUAUGCAAAGGAUGAGGCUGCUUAGGCUGACACAGCAUCACUAUCAGUUUACGGUCGACCUCAGCAUUCUUAUGCGGGUACCUCUUUGUUAUUAGCCUCCUUCAGGAUAAUGACAAAAGAUGUUAAAAAGAUUAAGGUUUUCUUCUUUACACAUGUAUACUUUACCAUUUAUUUCUUUGUCUGUUUUUUAUGUUUUGUAGUAAAAUAUAUCAACUCAUAAAUGUUGAUGCUUUAUAA